CAUACACCCACCAGAGACUCAUUCUCAUCACUUUCAUAACUUCUUCCCUAGAGUCAGAGGCUGAGAUAAAGAGGUCCCAAAUCAAUCUCUCUUCUUUUAAUUUCGCCUUUCAUAUAUAUGUUAUAUUAAGUCUCUCCUCUCAUCUCUAUAUAUAUAUUGUUCUUGAUUUUGCCUUUUAAUAAUAAUAACAUAUUUGAAUCUUGUAGGAAAACAAUGGCAAAGAAAGUGGGAAUUUACGGUGGUAUUGGAGAAGAAUUUGAUGAUGGUGUUUACGACAGUGUGAGGAAAGUGUGUGUUGGAGUAGAUGGUGACCGUGUAAGCUCUGUUGAAUUCGAGUAUGGUAAGGGAGACCAAACGAUAACUCUUUCUCACGGCAAAAAAUCAUCACAAGAACGUAAAGAGUUUGUUCUUGACCAUGAUGAAUAUAUAAAAUCGGUGGAGGGAACUUUCCAUCAAGAUUAUUUCAUCUCGUCGUUAACGUUCAUAACAUCAGUGGAGAGAGACCGUGAGGUAUUUGGGAAAGAGGUUGGUACCAAAUUUGUCCUCAAAGCAAAAGGGUUUGAUAAGCUUGUCGGCUUCCGAGGAAGGUCUUCCCUUGACCGUCUCAAUGCUCUCGGAGCACAUUUUGCGGUGGUGCUAACUCCUCCGGUCAAAAAGCUAGAAGCAAAAGGUGGGAACUUUGGGGACGUGUGGGAUGACGGUGUCCAUGACAAUGUUCGUAAGAUAACAAUCAGACGCAGCGAAGAAUCUGUGGGAAUGGUCAAGUUUAAGUACGUCAAUGGAACGGAGAUUGUAUUGGGAGACGCUCGUGGGCAUACUUCACAGCUUCCGUUGGUAAAAGAAAAGUUCGUGCUUUCUGAAGAUGAAUACAUCACAUCUGUUCAUGGACACUAUGGUCAAAAGUUUCCAGUUGGACAAUCCGUUAAUUUGCAUGGUCGCUUUUGCGACGGUAUAACGAUGCUUAAGUUCAAGACAAACAAAGAUACAUAUCAAGUGUUAGGAGCCGAAACAGAAGGUUAUGAGUAUGUGGGCACAUCGUUCGUGUUGGGGGAGACUGGUCACAAGAUUGUUGGGUUCCAUGGCAAGUCAUCUAGAUUUUCUCUUGCACAAAUUGGUGUUUAUGUUUCGCCAAUUAAUAACGCUUAAGCUUUAUUAUCUUUUCUUAGUAGAAUAAUUAAGAGAAAAGCUAUCUAUGCUUGUAGUUCUCACUCUCCUAUUACUAUUAUCUCAUAAGUUGAUCUUAUGUUGUCUUCGUAGUUGUUGUUUACACUCUCUUUAACUAUAAAUGCCUUAAUAAAGUGGUAUCUCUUCAAUUUAUUCGAUUGUGAG